AUGUCUGGACCCUCAGGAGUAGGAAUCGAUUGCCAUGAUCUUUCGUCGAAUCCCCGCUUCUUGUUUCGCCAGCCUCGCGCGCUACAGUGGUUCGAGAACGGCCGUCUGGUGAAACGCCAUGACGAAGAAAGACAAGCAGGUCGCUUCGAGCUUUUUCUCGAUUUACUUUACGUUGCGAUCCUCUCCAACUUCGCGGAUACCCUUGUGGAAGACAUAUCAGGCGCAAAGCUUGUGAAGUACAUUCUCAUCCUAUCUCCAUCAUGGCACGUAUGGAGUGACCUACGCGAGCUGAUGAACUCCUUCUACAACGAUGACCUUCUGCAGCGUGUGAUCAUUCUGUGGGUGAUGGCUACGCUAGUUGUUUAUGGCAAUAAUGCGCCUCUCGUUGAUGAAGACAUUGGCGCGAUGCGCUCCGCAGUCGGCGCUUACAUGAUCGCUCGUUUGACAUGCAAUUUGGCCCAUCUCUACUACUCUUUUGCCAGCUACCACCACCGGGCUCAGCAGCGUCUCUGGGUGGUGCUAUCCACCUUAUUCCUUUGCUUGUACAUUCCACUAUUCUUUGAGUCGGUCUCUAUUCGCGGGAAAAUUGCCGCCACCGCCGUGGCUAUCUUUGUUGAAGAGGUUACCUGGAUAUUUUGUUACUCUCCCGCUGCAAAGAAACUUCUCCAAGCCAAAUACACGACUGCAGUUGAUAUCAACCACGAGGUUGAUCGAUACGCCGCAUUCUAUAUUAUCGCUCUUGGCGAGUUUCUCUAUCUGAUCAUUGUGGGGUCACCUGCCGCGAUCGGGCUGAACGAGAGACUGCUCCGUGCCGUUUGGACGUUAAUCAUCGCGUUCUGUCUUAACUGGUUGUAUGUUCAUAAUGACGGUUCUGUUGAGAAUGACCAUCCACUGCGCCACAGUAUCUACACCGCAUUUGCAUUUGCUUUGAUCCAUCUUCCUCUGAUUGCCAGCCUUUUGGCUGGUGGUCAUGUAGCUGCAGCAUCUGUGGCCGAAAAAGAGUUCGAGGAUGCGCAGCGGUGGCUCCUUUGUGCAGGCCUCGGCACUGGAAUCAUUUGUCUGUACAUCUUCGCAUUGAUGCAUGGGUCUAGAGAUGAACCUGGGACGUUGUUCCUAGAUAAGCCCCUCCGUUUGAUCAUGCGGCCUAUAACCGGCAUUAUUCUUAUUUUAUUGCCUCUAGCUCAUGACCUUGGUGCUACUUCUGUCCUAUCAAUCAUCAUGGCACUCUUUGUGUUCUGCGUACUUUGGGAAACCAUUGCCUCUCUACGGAAAAAUGCGUGCUUUUUCGAACAGUGGGAAGAUACCGAGUACCCCGAGAAACGACAAACUAGAGGCGACAGAGAGGAUUACAAAACAAGCGAAACUAAAGAGGCUUAA